AUGCCUGAUAGACACAGGCUCAAGCUUUUCUCCCAUUUCAAGCACCAGCUGCCCCAGGAAGAGUCCUUGAACAGGCAACCGUCCGACUCAUCUUCGGGACGCAAGUUUCUUGGCUUCCAUAUUGGCAAGCACGACUCCCAGGAGUCAUUGGCAUCUCCUACCAUGACCAACUCUUCUGAGAAGGAGCCCAAGGAGCAUAAGGAUCCACAUAAGGAGCACCUUCAGAGCAAUAGAGACCAGUCCAAGUCGCCGUCCAUAGUGGUGCAGCAUGCGUCCCAGAACCCAACCCAGGCGGCCAGACAUCAUAGCAUCGAGGACUCGCUGUCGCCGAAAAGCCAUGGUAUGGCUGACUUGAAGCGGUUGUUCAAGAAUAAGAAGUCUAACCAGAGCAUCCAAAGUCCGAGCAGCGGGUCUCCUGCUCAGCCUGCUGUGGAGAAAGUCCAAAAUGGCAACACAGAACAGACCAAUGGCGCUUUGAGCCCGCCUGCUAAUACCCUGGCGCCUCAUAGUAGGGCUCCGCUGCUGACGUCUUUGGCUGCGCUCAUCAACCAGACAUCUUCUCAACUUCUUAACUCGUCACAGGCUACUAAACGCCAGGAGGGCCCUGUCCAUGAGCCUUUCACCCAGGACGGUUCUCCUUUGGUUAAGAAAUACGGUAAGGUCGAGAAGGAGCUUGGUUCGGGUGCUGGCGGAUCAGUUCGUUUGAUCAUGAGACCGCUGGAUAGAAAGACGUUUGCAGUGAAGGAAUUCCGUCCUCGUAGAAACACAGAAUCGUUUAAGGACUACACGAGGAAGUGCACUGCGGAAUAUUGCAUUGGCUCGACUUUGAAACAUCCUAAUAUCAUCAAGACGAUCGACAUCAUCCAUGAGAACAACAGGUACUACGAGGUCAUGGAGUACGCGCCGAUCGAUUUCUUUGCGGUCGUGAUGAGCGGAGAGAUGUCGCGUCAGGAGAUUAAUUGCUGCUUGAAGCAGAUUCUUGAAGGUGUAUCUUACUUGCAUUCCCUCGGCCUUGCCCACCGUGACUUGAAGCUUGAUAAUUGCGUUUUAACUACAGAUGGUAUACUUAAGAUCAUUGAUUUUGGUUCUGCAGUUAUCUUCAAGUAUCCUUAUGACCAGCAUGGGCCUAACAGCAACGAGUCAAUCCACUAUUGCCAUGGUGUGGUUGGCUCAGACCCAUACCUUGCCCCCGAAGUUUUGACAAGUCUGAACUCUUAUAACCCCCAGCCCGUUGAUCUAUGGUCAAUUGCUAUCAUAUACUGCUGCAUGACACUCAAACGGUUUCCCUGGAAGAUUCCUAAUGCCGAGAAAGACAAUUCUUUCAAGCUAUAUGCCAUGGAGGAUGACAACUGGCACGAUUACUACUUGUCGAAUGAGUGCCACAAGCUAUUAUUGCGCCAGAGGCAGCUCAAGAAUACCAUUAUCAAGCUGAACAAGAAGAGCAAGCUUUUACAGAGGCAAAAGGAACAACAGGCGAAUGAACCACACGAGGGCGACGACGCAGAGACGGUAGAGGCAGUUGAAGAUAAGCUACAGUCCUUGCUGGCAGUGAAGGUUCUCGACGAAGAAGAGACUCAGGAAGUGUUGAAUGAGUUGAAGAGCAUUGAUGCCAAACUCGAAGAAUUCGAGAACAUCAAGACAGAACAGAAGGCGCUGUUUCAGAAGCGCCGUGAAGAAGCCGAUGCCAAUACCAACGCCAACGCCAACGCCAACACCGAGCCUGGUGCCGAGAAGGCGACGGAGGACUCGCCCAAGUCUGAAGAGAAGCGUUCUAAAUCUCACAAGCUGAUACACGGGCCUUAUAGAUUGAUGAGAUUAUUGCCGCAUGCGUCAAGACCUAUCAUCCACAAGAUGCUACAAAUCGAUCCACGCAAGAGAGCCUCGAUCGAAGAAAUUCUUCUGGACGACUGGAUUAAAGAGAUUGAGUGUUGCACAUUGAAAGCUGUGGAAGGUGUAACUGCUGAAGACGAGGAAGAAAUGGUGCUAGUGCCUGGUAAACCUCCCCAUGAGCAUACCAUAGUCAUGGAUGAUGAUAAGGACGAUGCCAACUGA